CAGAUCAAAAGAGCAGUUUUCGUUUUAGGAGAAAGAUAAAGGAAGAGAGAGAGAGAGUGUGUGUGUUGCCAAUGGCGUCGUCGAGAAGUGCAGUGAGGGUAUCGGAGAUGGAGAAGAUGAGUUUGGAGCAGCUGAAAGCAGUAAAGGAGCAGGCCGAUCUCGAACUUAAUCUCCUCCAGGAUAGCCUCAACAACGUCCGCACCGCCACCACUCGCCUCGAGCUUGCUUCCUCCGCCCUUCAUGACCUCUCUCUCCGCCCCCAAGGAAAGAAAAUGCUGGUUCCCCUUACUGCUUCUCUGUAUGUACCUGGCAGACUUGAUGAUGCGGAUAAAGUCUUGGUAGAUGUUGGUACUGGUUACUUCAUUGAGAAAACAAUGGCUGAAGGGAAAGAUUAUUGUGAGCGUAAAAUCAACUUGCUGAGAUCCAACUUUGAUCAACUUGUUGAGGUUGCUUCUAAAAAGAAAAGCGUAGCAGAUGAAGUCGGGGCAAUCUUACAGGCAAAAUUGAAGCAAUUAUCUCCUUCAACUUAGGGAGCUGUAGUGCCUUGUUGCAUUAUUGAGUUCCAAAUUCCAAUGCCUUCUUUGUAUAAAAGGCUGAAGAUCUGGUUUUAGAUUUUGAAUUGGGACCUUUUUCCUACCCCCUCUCCCCUUCUCUUUUUAUUCCCUUUAUUUUAUUGGAUUAAAUGAUCAUGAUAGUAAUGAAUUCAAGUGAAUCCAUUUAUAGUUUACAGGUCU